CCCAUUGGAACUCGCUGUGCUCCUAUAAAAGCCCAAACCACUCUUCGCUCUCCAUCAGUUUGAUUCAACAAAUUAUCCAAUUAAGAUGUCCUCCAACAAGUGCCAAGUUGUGCUCCUCAUCGCCUGCUGUCUGGUGGCUCUAGUGGCUUCUUAUCCUGAGCCAUAUCCCGAGGAAUACCAAACCAAUCCCAUGAAGUUUUUCGAGGAGUUUCCUUUGCUGCGCCGUGCUCGAUCGCCUGAGGGAGGUUCCCUAGUCCUUACAGCCAGCAAGGACAGACAAGUGGGUCGCGAGGCCAGUCUUCAGUACAACCACAAUCUGUACACUAGUCGCGAUGGGCGUGGCAGCAUCGACGCUUAUGCCCAGGCCAGUCGGAAUUUCGAUCACAAUCGUAAUAACUACGGCGGUGGCAUUCAGGGCACCAUACGUUUUUGAGCUGGAAUAUAAGUAUUAAAUUGGUAACAAAAUG